CUACGUUUGGAGACCUUUUAUUCGUCUCUUUACUGGUUCUCUCUCCACUGUGUCACACCAUCCCUCUGGCCCUCCCAUCGACUAUAAUCAGGAGUCCUUAAAGCUUCUUCAGUGUGUGUGUGUGUGUGUGUGUGUGUGUGUGUGUGUGUGUGUGUGUGUGUGUGUGUGUGUGUGUGUGUGUGUGUGUGUGUGUGUGUGUUUGGUUAAUGAGGGGGGAGUGUGUGGAGGAGGGGAUCCAGCCCCCCAACAGUUGGAGCAUCAUUCAGCCUUUUUCCUCCGAGAGGAACCUCAGUUCUCCAUCUCAUCGGCCCUUUUGCAUCAUGCCCUUCCUGUCUGAUGGUCGAUGGAGAGUUUUCUGCCUGCUUUUGCUCUGCGACACGCUAACAGCUCACAGCGUGGAGGGUCAGUGUUCCUCAGCCGAUCCGAUGGAGGCGCAGCAUCCCGUUCAGGUGCUGCUGGAGCGGUUCCAGGUGGGACGGGGCUGUGCUGCAAGAGAGCAAGGGAACAAGGAAACACACGUCAUCGCUUCAGAGAGGGUUACAGAGAGAUCUGGGAACAAGAUGACGGUGCUGCUGAGACCCUUGUCCUCAUCGCUGUCCCCUCUUAGGACCGUCCACCUGGUGCUCAGCUCCAAGCUCCCAGUCAGCUGGGUACUGGAAUCUGAGCAGCUUCCCCCCAGCUUCCCAGUAUCAGUUCAGGUGUCCACAAACUCCAGUGUCCAGUCACAUGAUCUCAUUGUACGGGUCCAGACGGUCCACUCCUUACCUUCUCAUCUCCACGCUCUGCACCGUUGGGCUCUGAGGCACCAUGGCAACCUGUCAUCACUGAUGCACACGAGGCAUAGCGACCGGGUCUAUGUUGGACUGGGAGAAGAUCCAUCGCUCCCCGCUGAGUGCCGGCUGCAGCCUUUGCCCCUCUGUUCCAGAACCACACAGAUCUCUGACCUGCAGACUCAGGAGGCGAAGGGCUGUGUCCGUCCUACGGAGGCUGAUGCUCCUGAGAUCCACGUGAUCCAGCUCCGUUCAGCAGGUUCCAGGUUCUGUGGCUCUCUGCAGGCGGAGGUGAUCGUGUCCCUUGUUGCCUCGGUGGAGACUCCGGAGAACCACAAGGUUGUGUUGAUUCUCGGCAGCUCGGUGCCGGUCCAGUGGGUCAUUAAAGCCCGUGGUGUCCGGGGUCACCUCUCUGUUCUUUCCUCCAGCAGGGUGUCUCCACCGUCUCCACCCGAGCCUGGCCUAACCGUGUCCACCAGCCUCGACUCGGAGCUGUCCACACUUUCUGAUCUUCUUCUCUGGGCCAGGGGGAGUGGCUACACCCAGGUGACCUCAUACACCCAGGCUGACCUGGCCAAUCGGUUUGCGAUCCAGCUGGCAGACGACAGGACAGCUCCUGUUCUGUUUCUUGCAGCGCUGCAUACCUGGCCCCCCACCCGUCCCAGGGGUCUGAAGCUGCUGGACCCCGAGGGAACAGCAGGAUCCAAGAGUCUGACUGUGAGCUGUGAUGGAGGACUCCUCAGUGUGACCGUGGAUCGACAAACCUUACAGGGCUCAUCUGUUGCCGCCGUGACUCUGCAGGAUCACCGAUGCCAGGCUCUGGCUAACGGGAGCCACUUCCUGCUGACGUUACCUGUCAUUUUCUGUGGAACCGAGGCCGUCCCUGUGGACAGUCCCAGAGGGGUGCUGUACGAAAACAGGGUUUUGCUUUGGAAAAAUGAAACACAAACAACCUUCGCGCCUGGAGAACGGAACGCCGAGCCGCCGCUCAGCAUCCAGAUCAGCUGCUUUGCUGCCAGCGACUCUGAUGAUGAUGAUGAUGAUGAUGAUGAGGGCGGUGUGACACUUCCUCUGAUUGGACGAUUCACACGAGGUGUAAAACAGGGUCCGGAACCUCUCCCAGUUCCCAGACUGGGAUCUGGACCAGUGCUUCACCUGAAGCUCUUUGUGACGGACAGCUACGAGCAGACGUGGAUCGGGCCGUGCGUCAUCACCGCUGACCACAGGGUCUUUGUGGAGAUCACAGCCAAACCCCCCCUCCCGGAAGCCGUCCACCUGGAUAAAUGCUUCGUGUCUCCUCUGUCUGACCCUAAAAAAACUCCUUUUUGGACGGUGAUAAGAAGCAGCUGCUCCUCAGACCCGUCGCUCACCCUCGACGAGAAGGGUGAAAGUGACGCUGACGGUGAGAAAACAGAAGAAAAAGGUGGAAAACUGGAGAGCGUUCAGAAAGAUCACAAAGGUUCAAAGAUGAGCAACGAGACCCUGAGUUUGAAAGAAGAAGAGGCUCAUUCCAUCAGAUUUAGCUUCAUCCUGCGUCCAGUCUUUAAUGACUCCAUGCAGUUCCUCCACUGCAGCCUCCUCCUGUGCACCUCUGACCCGAGCAGACGGGAGUCCACCAAGGGAGCGGUGAAGGAUGCCUGCCAGGCCGGGAUACCAAUUCCUCCACUUGUGUCCAAAUCGCCCAGACCAGAGGCUCAGUGUGAGAUCAGAAACCUCUCCAGACCCAUGGUGGUCACCCGGCCCAUAAGUGCACUUGUGCCCAAAGUGCUGCCCUCUGCUGGCCAAAGAACCAAAAGACUCAGCAUCACUCCGGUGACGCGUGCAGACACAGACGACAGCGCUCUUGGCGUGCCAACGGGGCCGCUGAUGGGGAUCGUCUUUGCAGCUUUUAUGAUCGGAGUCGGUCUGAUGGGAGGACUGUGGUGCAUCUAUAAUAUUACAGGAGGACGACCAGAGAGUUAUUUACCGACUCAGUCAAACGGACGCCGCAGCGCCCGGGACCCGCCCUCGCCAUCCGAUCAGUCCUGCAGUUCUGUUUAGAGGAUUUCCUCCUGCAAAUCAGAGAGAGAGCUGGGACGCAGGUCUUUCUGCGCCUCGUCGUUUCAGAAGCACGGCCGUCACAUGCAGAGCCCGCGUUUGGAUUCAGCUUGUUUGCAGCGACUCAGACAGAAACAACACCCUCUCUUUGGUGUGUGUGUGGUAAACCGGAUGCCUUCGAUGAACCAAGUCAAGCUCUCUUUUCGUGUGUGGUCAGCGUGUUUCACCGAGCCUUGUAACAUAUUAAGCACUGGAUGUUGUCUGAACAUUUUCGCUGUAAUAAAUCACUUUUGGCUUCUGGAAGGCAGCAGAGCAAAGUGAGGAUGCUGCUUUCUGCCCAUCGCUGUCAUGUUGUGUGUACUUUUGGUCCCCAGCCCCCUCCAGGUUUCCCUCAUGUUCCUCGUAGUCACUCCUCUUUAGAUCCCCUGUGCCUUUGUUCUCCUGUGUUUAGGUUUAGUUUAGUUUAGUAGCUUCUGUUUUACAGGGUUUAGAUCUGGGUUUCUCCCCUGCUUGUUUCUGCUCCUCCUCUCAGUUCAUUAGUCUCACCUGUCCCCAAUUCCCUUAAUCACCCAGCUCCUGUGUAUAUAACCCUGGCUUGUCUCUUGUGUUUGUUGGUCCAUUGUCUUUGUCAGCGCUGUUCCUCGCUAGAAGCUCUAGGUUCUUGCUCAUAAGUGAGCUUUUGUUUUUUGUCAUUCAGUGUUUUUGUACACAAGGCUUGGCUUCCUGCCCUUUUGGAUUUUUUUGCUCCUCAUCCUAAUAAAAGGAAUUAUUAUUUAUGCAACCA